AUAACUAAAUAAAUAAUCUGAAAAUCUGGGAAUCUGACGAAAAGUCGUCAGUUUUCAGCUCAGAACCCGGCAUGUUCCAAACGGCUUGUGUCAAACUGCGGCUCAUUUGAUUUUUCUUCUUUUUCUCGAAAUAUGGUCCGUAACUUUGAGGCCAAGGAAGUUGCGAUCUUGUUCGCGAGUAUAAAUAACUGAUACCAGGUUGGAGAAGCUCCAAGAGAAGAACACUUCUUCCGUUUUAUUUGUUUCAAAUCUAGUGAUCAGCGAUCAUGGAAAUUUUUUCCCGGGUCACUGGCCUUCUUCUCUCCAUUUUCUUCCUUGGAGCUCGCCAAAUCCGUGGCGAUGAAGGAUGGACCGAUGGAGCUCACGCAACUUACUAUGGAGGAAGUGAUGCAUCAGGAACAAAUAGUAAGUUCUUACGUGAAGUCUCAACAGUAAGUUCCAAUGAUUUUGAUCUCUCGUUUUUUUCUUCCGUGAUAGAUGGCGCGUGUGGCUAUGGAAACCAGCUGAGCGCUGGCUAUGGAGUUCUCACCACUGCUUUGAGCGCUCCACUGUUUAACGAUGGUCACGUUUGCGGAGCUUGCUUCGAAGUGAAGUGUUCUUGGGGCGACUCUGGCUGCCUCGCCGGGAAUCCUUCCAUUGUUGUCACUGCCACGAAUCUGUGCCCGCAAGGAAGCAAUGGAGGAUGGUGUGAUUCUCCCAAGCAACACUUUGAUCUCGCGCAGCCGGCGUUCGCUCUCAUCGCCGUGACUCUCAAUGGUCACGUCCCAAUCCAAUACCGGAGAGUGAGCUGCAAGCGCGAUGGAGGCCUUCGAUUCACGAUCAAUGGUCACGUCUACUUCAAUCUGGUGCUCAUCGAGAACGUUGGCGGCACCGGGGACGUGAGCGCGGUGUCGAUCAAGGGAUCCAAGACCGGGUGGCGGCCGAUGACGAGGAACUGGGGCCAAAACUGGCAAGAUGGCGGGGAUCUCACUGGCCAGAGCUUGUCCUUCGAGGUCACCACCAGCGAUGGAAGCAAGAUCACGGCCUACGAUGUCGCUCCAGACUACUGGCAGUUUGGACAGACCUUUAGCGGCGGCCAGUUCUAGAUUCUAGAGCCCCUGGAUCGAUCGAUCGAUCGAUCGGAAAAACCAAAACUUUCGAUCGAUAGAGGAGCAGAGGUGUGAUUUGUGCCCGCUCCUAUGGCCAUUCUAUAAGGAAAACCUAUGAUCUCUGGA